AUAAAUACAAAUGGCAGAGAAUAGUUUGAACGACAUAGUUGUCUUAUUCUUCAGCUAACAUAUCAUUGAUUCCACACAAGCAAUCAAUGGGUCAGGACUAAAAGGCACAAGAUGGCCUCAAGAAUACGAAACUCUUUGCUCGUGGUAGCAAAUGUUCUCAUUCCAAUUGCUAUAUUGCUAUUUGCUAGUGGUUUCUUUCCUUACAAGCCCUUUCUAUCUGGACUGGCACAGUAUGAGUCUCUGGAAUAUGGUGCUCCCCCGGAAGCUCCAUUCGAUAAGGUCAUCUUCAUGGUUGUUGAUGCGCUGAGAAGGAUUCCAAUUUACUCAAAGUCUCAUUCGAAUGGCGCAGCUCUUCCAUUCACAGCUCAUGCGACGUCUCCUACCAUUACUAUGCCAAGAAUAAAAGCCAUAACAACGGGUUCUAUACCUUCAUUUCUCGACGUGAUUCUGAAUUUUGCUGAAUCCGAUACAUCCUCUUCUCUGGCGACUCAAGAUACAUGGCUAGCACAAAUGAAAGCAAAAGGAGGAGGAAAGAUGAUCAUGUAUGGAGACGAUACUUGGUUGAAGCUAUUCCCGGAAACUUUUGACAGAGCAGAUGGAACUUCAAGCUUCUUUGUUUCGGUCAGUCAUCCAGUGGCUGAGACUGUACAUAGAAUGAAUGUAGCUGAAUAUAAAUUUCUGCAUGUUCCGGAGGAGUUGAUGAAGGAUGAUUGGAAUACUAUGGUUCUCCACUACCUUGGACUAGAUCAUAUUGGUCAUAAAGCAGGUCCACGGAGCCCGAAUAUGAUUCCCAAACAGCAAGAGAUGGAUGGUAUUGUCCGAUUAAUCUAUGAGAAUAUGGAAACUCAAGAUUACCUGAGCUCAACCCUUUUGGUGUUGUGUGGUGAUCACGGAAUGAAUGAUGCUGGUAAUCAUGGUGGAUCUGCUCCAGGAGAAACCUCCCCAGCUCUUGUCUUCAUGUCGCCAAAAUUUAAGGACCUUAGGCAUGAGCGUCAGCGGCUCGAGGUACCUGCUCCAUUUGAAGAGGAAUUCCAGUAUUAUAAAACUGUUGAACAAUCUGAUAUUGCUCCUACACUUGGAGCUCUGCUUGGAUUUCCUGCACCAAAAAAUAAUUUAGGAGCAUUCAUUGAUGACUUCUUACUAUUCUGGCCUGAAAGAAACGACCGUGUUCAAAUUUUGUUGAGAAAUGCUAGACAGAUUCUCAGCGUUGUCACUGCAACAUUUCCAUCAUUUGAAAACGAUGGGCCUUCCGAGAACUGCCACCAACUAUCAAGUAGUGUCGAUGACUUGGCAUGCCAAUGGAGAAGCAUUACCCAAGGCCUAGUUGGUCUUCAAGCUAACGAGCAAGAUCACGCUGUUUGGGUCGCAGCCGUCACAAAAUGGUUGAAGGAGGCCCAAGAGCUGAUGAGUGGCACUGCUAGUAAUUACGAUGUCAAAAAGUUAAUUACUGGUCAAGUUAUUGCUGCUCUGGCUUCGGUUAUGGCAGGAGUUGCGGCAGGGCCAUUCAUUAUGAACAAUCUUAAAGCUAGCAUUCCAUUUAUAGCUACCUGCUUGUCCUACGGUAUCAUGAUGUUUGCUAGUAGUUAUGUGGAAGAGGAACAGCAUUUCUGGUAUUGGACGACUACAGGGUGGUUGUUUCUCUUAUCGAUCAAGAAUAUACGUCGCCAAUCUCGUGGACUUUGGCUAUUGAACAUCAGCUCCAUAAUGAUUCUCGUCGCCACCAGAAUUGCUAGACGCUGGAAUCAAACAGGCCAGAAAUUCGCUGGCGAUCCUGAUAUUGCUCGAACAUUUUUCUCUCAACAUCGAUUGACGCUAUGGACACUUGUAGGCGCUACAUAUCUUUGGAAUCUUCAAUCACUCGCUAGUAAAGGAUUUCCUCGUUUCCCACAAAUUCUUGCUGGUGUUAUUUCAACACUUUUGGCGACCGCAGCAAUUACAUUCAAACUUGCAUUUACAAAUGAAGAUUCACCUGAACUUCUUGCAGGCAUAGCAAAGACUAUGGCAGACAAUGAUACUGGUAUUCCACUUGUUCUCCGGGCAAGACUGGUCUUUAUUGGGAUUGCAUCUUGCCUAGCAUACACCGUACUAUCUAGUUUUAGCCCAUCAAGUAAACGACAGAAUUUUCCCAUGCGCACGAUUCACGACCUCAUAGUCCUGCUUCUGAUUACUCAAACUCGCGCAACCAACAUCCCACUGAUUCUAGUCUUUGAACUUCAAUACUCACUCCUCUCAACCCUUGAUCUCUCCCUCAUAGAGAUCACAACUACCACCCUCCUCCUACAACAAACUUCCUUCUUUGCUCUCGGAAACUCAAACGCGAUUUCAUCAAUCGAUCUCUCGUCUGCCUACAACGGUGUUGAUUCCUACAACGUCUUCGCAGUCGGCGUCUUGGUUUUCAUCUCUAAUUGGGCUGGUCCUCUUUACUUCACAUCAGCUGGUAAUCUCCUACUCUUGAAGUUAUGGAAAAAGGACGGAGUGAAGCGAAAGAACGUUUGGAGUAAUCAUAUAACCCUAUUAACGAUAUUCAUAGCGAGUAGCUUGACGGCGACGAUGAUAGCCUGUACGGUAUUGAGAACGCAUCUGUUUAUUUGGACAGUUUUUAGUCCCAAAUUUUUGUAUACCAUGGCUUGGAGUGCGGGGAUGCAUUUGGGAGGAAAUGUGUUAGUUGGUGGAGGAUUGUGGUCUUUGGGGAGGAUGCUGAGUUAAGGGAAGGUGGUAGAAUUGUAAGAAUAGUGUUGUAGAAGAGGAAAGUGGAGAAAAUUCCUACUCUUUAGGGAUAGGCGGGGAAGAACGUUGAAGACAACUGUCAAAAUAGAAGCAAGCCAACUUUUCGUCAAAAUCUAAUAAAUCGGCAGUAGAGCUUUGAAGUGUUUGG